GCAGAGAAAUUCAGCGAGGACAAAAACUACGCUCGCUCCAAUUUACGGGGCGUGACAGUUGAACAACAACAAUCAAGCUUCCGGUUUUUCCCCAUUCUUACUAGAGAGUUCACUAGCAUGUUCUUGUGAGCGUAAAAUCGCACAAUCAGCAAGUUUAUGUAUAAUAGAUUUACGUGUACACUAGGUACAUUUUAUUAGUCGUGGAAUAAGAGCACCGAAAGAACUAUUACUGACUUUGAUACACCGCUUUAUUUGGCCAUUACACUGCGGACAACUUCCAAUACGGGUUAUUAUGAGCGAAGGAGAGGUAUUCCAUGAGAAGCAGCGACUGGAGUUGUGCGCCAUUCAUGCUCUGAACAACGUUCUGCAAGAACAAGUGUUCACCAAGGAGACGGCAGAUGACAUCUGCAAGCGGCUAGCUCCACAAUGUGUGGUGAACCCUCACCGCUCGAUGCUGGGCACAGGCAACUAUGACGUCAACGUCAUCAUGGCUGCCCUACAGAGCAGAGAGUUGGCUGCAGUAUGGUGGGACAAACGCAGAACAGUACAGAGUCUCUGUGUUGACAAGGUCCAGGGGUUCAUCCUGAACGUUCCGUCACGUGUCUCUCUCGGAAUUGUGUCCCUCCCCGUCAAGCGGCGGCACUGGCUUGCAGUGCGCCAGGUUAAUGGACACUACUACAACCUCGACUCCAAACUAAAGAGUCCUGUCUGCAUCGGGAACGAAGCAGAUCUCCGUACAUUUCUCAGUGAACAGCUGUCUCUGGACGUGGCAGAGAUGCUCCUAGUUGUGAGGAGGGACGUGGAGGAGUACGGAACCUGGCUGAACUCUGAUGACCUCAGGAAGUGAUUCCUCUGGCCUGAGCAUUCCAUUCAUUCAGCAUGGGACUCAAACUCCUGCUCUACUCUGGAAAAACAAAUAACAUUUUUAGAAAACAAGAGACGCUUAACAAAAAGUACAUAUUUCAGGAAAUGCAUUACCGGUUGCUGAGGAGUGUGGGCACUCUUAUACACACACACACACACCGAAGUUCCAAAGAGAAUUUAAGAUGACGAGGGAUUUCUGUCCCAAAUGGCUUGUUUGUAACAGUUUACUGUCCGUUGUUUGGAUUUCUACACUACAACUGCAUCUAUAUCCUCUUUCCUUCUCUCUCUUCCUUCUUACGCGGCUAUGCACUGCACUGUCGAGGUAGACCAGUUGGAACUGGUUUGUCUUUUAGUUAUUCUAUGCACUGAGGAGGUACAGAGGAGGUACUGGAUGUCAUGUUGACACCUGACUGUGUGAAAAUAAUGCUUCUGUUUGUGUUCUGUCUACAUCUAACUAUGCAUAUCCAAGUGAAUGGGAGCACUGUCUUUCUGUUACACGUGCUCAAACUACACACAGAGGAUAUAAAGAAAAUGUUAUUUAUAUGUAA